UCUUCAGUCGUUCGUACUCCACUUUGAACACACAUACUACAACAAUCACUCACUCAACUCUUCUCCAAACACAAACCCACACCCCAUUUUCCUCUUCCCCAAAAAUGGCCAGCGAAAAUCCCCCAAUUCUUGAUUCGGGCCGGGCCGAAAUCGACACUUCGGCGCCGUUCGAGUCCGUCAAGGAGGCCGCGAAUCGCUUCGGCGGAAUGGCUUUUUGGAAACCCAUUUCUCACCAGCACGAGAGAGAAGUGGUUGUUGAUGCUGUCAAUUUGGAGGAACAAACUGCACAACUCGAAAGAGACCUUAUAGUUAAAGAGAGGGAGACGCUCGAUGUCUUGAAGGAGCUCGAAACCACGAAAAACAUCGUUGAGGAGUUGAAACUGAAGCUGCACAACGAAGCAUCGGAGAUCAACGCAGCACUCAAAGCUGAAUCAACGAGUGAUGCCAAGAAUCGAGCAACGGGAGAGGAGGGAAAACACGAAAAGGACUUGUGCCCCUCAGAGGCUCCGGGUGUCAUUCUCUUCGAGCUGAAGCAGGCGAAGCUGAACCUAACGAAAACGACUACUGAUCUUGCUGAGAUCCGAGCCACGGUUGAUGCUUACAACAAGAAAAUCGAGAGGGAGAAGGCGUCCCUUGAGAGGACUCGUCAGAGGCUGUCUUCAAACACCUCGAGAAUCUCGUGUCUGGAGGAGGAGCUCAACCAGAAACGCCAGAAGCUCGAGGAGGUCAAAGAUGGACAAGCCCACGAUCCGAUGAACAUCACGCGAGAGCUGCAGAAGCUGAGCUCGGAGACGGAGCAGUUCAAGAAGGUUGGGGAGGCUGCAAGGACACAAGUCCAACAGGCGUUGUCUGAGAUCGAGCAAACAAAGGCGAAGAUUAGGACAGCGGAGAUCAGGCUGAUCGCGGCCAAGAAGAUGAAGCAAGCUGCACGAGCAUCCGAAGCUGUUGCCUUUGCGGAAAUGAAGGCCCUCUCCUGCACCGACCCCUCCAAAUCCGAUUCUGAUGUGACCCUCACGUUCGAGGAAUAUUCUUCGUUGAUCUCCAAAGCUCGAGAAGCAGACGAGGCCUGCAAGGGCAGAGUCGCGGGCACGAUGCUCCUGGUUGAGGAGGCACACGUGUCGAAGAAAGAAAUCUUAAAGAAAGUCGAGGAAGCAACGGAGGAAGUGAAGACAAGCAAGAAGGCCUUGGAAGAGGCACUGACCAGAGUGGAGACGGCGAAUCAAGGGAAGCUGGCAGUGGAAGAGGCGCUUCGUGUGUGGAGAUCCGAGCACGGCCACAAACGACGUUCUGUCCACAACUGCACCAAGUUCAAGAAUCCUUCACUGCAGAGGAAAGACUCCCGCCUUCUUGAUGUCAACGGCGUGAGCCUAGUCAGCAGCGAGGAGCUCAAGCCGGUGCUGAAGCCGACCCUCUCGAUCGGGCAGAUACUGAGCAGGAAACUGCUGCUGACUGAGGACUAUGAGAACGGGGUUCAAGCAGACAACAAGGUCUUUGGGAAACGAAAGGUUUCGCUCGGGCAAAUGCUGAGCAAGCCGAGUAGCAGUCAGAAUUCGGGUAGGAAAUGUGGGAAGGAAAACAAAGAAGUGCCUGCAAAGAGGAAGAAAUUCGGGUUUGCUCGGAUUUCCCUUCUAGUGGCGAAGCAGAGCAAGAAGAAGAAGAGCAAUGGAGCUGCGAGUUCGAUGCGUCGCGGCAGCGCGUGACGGAGACGCUCUGAUUGUUAUGAGUUGUUCAUGUUAUGUAUGAAGUUAGAUUUGUUGAGAAGAGGUAGAAGAGGGAGAGUGUCUUUAUGGCUUUCUAGGAAAUGUAUGAUUGAAUCUUUGAUUUGUAUGUAUGUUUGCCUUUCUUUCUAUAUAUGCAUGUAUUAACCUUCUUUA